AAUACGGACAAAUCGUGAUUUUAAUAUGUCUGCAUGCUACAGUCUCAAAGCUGGUAGUACCAGUAUUUUGACUUUUCUGUUCCAAUUGCCAAUAAACCGUGAAAAGUAUCCCCAAAAUCAAGACUUUCAUAUAUCCAGCAGAACAGCAUCCAUGGUUCAUAGCUUCCGUGAUUAUCAAAACAAAUUUAGGGGUUACUUUCUUUUCACUUUUGUUCGUCACCCUUUUUCACGACUCGUAUCCUUCUACCGGGAUCGAAUCCUCCAUCAUUAUAUGCUGAACAACACUCACCCUGUCCCUGGGCAACGUGAUGUUUACAUUAACCUUCCCACACCUCUCGAACAUCUUCAUGGACAGAAAAUUUCAUUUAGAAAGUUCAUACAUACCGUUAUCAAUUCAGAUUUCCGAAACCUUUCCACAUUUGACCACCACUGGGUUCCAAUGUGGCGAAUGUGUGCACCCUGUCACAUCAAUUAUAAUUUUUUUGGUAAGGUUGAAACUAUGAUGAAUGAUUUCAGCUAUCUUAGCUCUCGUUUAGGCUUAACGAGAGAAUUUAAGCAAGGUCAAAGUUUAUUAUGGCAGCAUCAGAGUGCAAAGAGUAAUGCAUCCUCCGAGAGCAUGAUUCAAGAGUACAUUGAUCAACUAACUCAUGAGGAGUCGAGCCAACUAUACAAAAUGUAUCAGCUGGAUUUUGAGCUAUAUGAUUAUCAUUUUAAAAAUUUUCGAUGACAUAACAUGAAGUAUCAGUUUACUAAAUGAAAUAUGCUCAAGUAAAACGAUAUUUGCCAAAGUUAUUUUAGAACACAAUAAUAUAAAUGACAGAUUAUGUUGACAAUAAACGAUAGUCAGUUUCUUUUCUCAUAAUUUUGGUAUCACCGUCUUAUAAACAUAUUCAAGAUUAUCAGUGAAAAAGUUGUUUUUCAAAUGUUUGUUACAGUUUUGGAAAAUAUUAGUAGUAUUUUGCCGUCUUUAUACAUAAACUAUUUUCCUUAUACGUAGAAGACUGACAUCCAAGUUUCUAACCGAGUAUUUUCUUCAUAAUAGACAAUUAAUAUCUAGUUUUAAUUCACCAACGCCAUAAAAUAUAGGAAUAUGAGACAAAAACUGAACUCUUUUUGACAUUUAUGUUAUCAUUAACAGACAACUUUGCGUUAGUUUAUUUAACAAUAACAGGUGUGUAACAAUCCAUCUAUAAUAAAUCCAAUGCAUUGCUUAUCCCAAAACAACUAA